CGGAGGGAGGGAACCGGGAAGAGCCGGGAUUGCCGAGGCACGGAUUGCUGCCGGACUCCGCCGCGCUCUGCGGGAUCCGACCCCGCGCUGCUCCGCCCGGGCCACAGCCGCCCCGCAGCCGGCUCGCACAACCCAGCCCCGCCAGUCGCCGAGCGCCCGGACCCCGAGAAGCCAGGCUCUGGGUUGGGGAGUUUCUCUCCGCAGGUCGCCCAGGUUAAGGAAUUGUGACAAACUGGCAUUCCCAGAGCCCGAGAGAGUUAAAGCCUAGAGCGAGCGAUCUGUUGCUUCCCAAGCUACGCGGUGGGAAGUAGCCUGGAGACUCCUUAAAUUUGGUUUUCUGCUUAAAAGAGGGCGGCCGGAGAAGAUGUUGUAGGUGUAGUCUUGUAGAUUGCUACCGGGCUGUGGAUGGUGUUAAUUUCUGAAGUGGGCGACGCCAAGUACUUACCGAAGCUCAGGAAACAAAGAUAUUAGAAGGACGCUUGGCUCUUGGCUCCCCAGCCUCGCUCCGCCGUUGCCCAGCUCACUGGAGUCUGGGUUUGCCUCAAAGGAUACUUCAGGAAUUGAACAGAGAAGUCCCACGCAAGCUGCCUGAAGCUGCCUGCCUUCUCUUGUCCUGCCUUGCACAUAAAGAACCAGGACCAGUCGAGUUGGUGACCUUUAGUUUCCGCCAGCCGUGAAUGCCUUUGACAGCAUGACCGCGGAGGAUUCCACCACAGCCAUGAACAGCGACCCAACAGUGGGAUCUUCCGCCAAGGUGCCAGAGGGCGUGGCGGGCGCGCCCAAUGAGGCUGCCCUGUUGGCACUGAUGGAGCGCACCGGCUACAGCAUGGUACAGGAGAACGGGCAGCGCAAGUAUGGGGGACCCCCACCGGGCUGGGAGGGCCCGCAUCCCCAGCGAGGCUGCGAGGUCUUCGUGGGCAAGAUCCCACGUGAUGUGUAUGAAGAUGAGCUGGUGCCUGUGUUUGAGACGGUGGGUCGCAUCUACGAGCUGCGACUCAUGAUGGAUUUCGACGGCAAGAACCGCGGCUAUGCCUUCGUCAUGUACUGCCACAAGAAUGAAGCCAAGCGAGCUGUUCGUGAGCUCAACAACUACGAGAUCCGCCCGGGCCGCCUGCUGGGCGUCUGCUGCAGCGUGGACAACUGCCGCCUCUUCAUCGGGGGCAUCCCCAAGAUGAAGAAGCGAGGGGAGAUCCUGGAGGAGAUCGCCAAGGUCACCGAGGGCGUGCUCAACGUGAUCGUGUACGCCAGCGCGGCAGACAAGAUGAAAAACCGAGGCUUCGCCUUCGUGGAGUAUGAGAGCCAUCGCGCCGCAGCCAUGGCGCGCCGCAAGCUCAUGCCGGGUCGCAUCCAACUGUGGGGCCACCAGAUCGCCGUGGAUUGGGCCGAGCCGGAGAUCGACGUGGACGAGGACGUGAUGCAGACGGUGAAGAUCCUCUACGUGCGCAACCUCAUGAUCGAGACCACCGAGGAGACCAUCAAGAGGAGCUUCGGCCAGUUCAACCCAGGCUGCGUGGAGCGGGUCAAGAAGAUCCGCGAUUACGCCUUCGUGCACUUCACUAGCCGCGAGGACGCCGUGCACGCCAUGAACAACCUCAAUGGCACGGAGCUGGAGGGCUCCUGCUUGGAGGUCACGCUGGCCAAGCCUGUGGACAAGGAGCAGUACUCCCGCUACCAGAAGGCAGCCAAGGGCGGCGGAGGCUCAGUGGAGGCGGUAGCCCAGCAGCCCAGCUACGUGUACUCCUGCGACCCCUACACGUUGGCCUACUACGGCUACCCCUACAACGCGCUCAUCGGGCCCAACAGGGACUACUUCGUAAAAACAGGCAGCAUAAGAGGCCGAGGCCGAGGUGCAGCUGGAAACAGAGCCCCGGGGCCCAGGGGUUCCUACCUUGGAGGAUACUCUGCUGGCCGUGGUAUAUAUAGCCGAUAUCACGAAGGCAAAGGCAAACAGCAAGAAAAAGGAUAUGAGCUUGUGCCAAAUUUGGAAAUCUCUACUGUCAACCCAGUGGCCAUUAAACCUGGCACAGUGGCCAUCCCCGCCAUCGGUGCCCAGUACUCCAUGUUCCAGGCAGCCCCAGCCCCGAAGAUCAUCGAGGAUGGCAAGAUCCACACAAUGGAACACAUGAUCAGCCCCAUUGCUGUGCAGCCUGACCCCGCCACUGCUGCCGCUGCUGCCGCUGCUGCAGCCGCCGCCCACGCUGCUGUCAUUCCUGCGGUGUCCACACCGCCCCCUUUCCAGGGCCGUCCAAUAACUCCUGUGUACACCGUGGCACCAAAUGUUCAGAGAAUUCCCACCGCCGGCAUCUACGGGGCCAGCUACGUCCCCUUCGCGGCUCCGGCCACUGCCACGAUCGCCACACUACAGAAGAACGCUGCGGCCGCCGUGUACGGGGGCUACGCCGGCUACAUACCUCAGGCCUUCCCCGCGGCUCUCCAGGUGCCCAUCCACGACGUCUACCAGACUUACUGAGACCGGCUCUCCAGGUGCCCAUCCACGACGUCUACCAGACUUACUGAGACCGGGACCAGCGCCAAGGCAAGCCACCAAACACCACUGAAGGAACACUUUAUUAUUUAUGAAGAAGAACGUGUUGGAUUGGCACACGUGCGAAACCUGCAAGUGAAGAAUGUUGUCGAAUAUCACACUGAAAUAUUUUAUAUCCAUGAAGUUUUCACUCUUUUUUUUUUUUUUUUUUUUAAAAAAAAAAAAAGACCUUUCAACUUAGCAGGCCCGCGUUCAUACAUUUCUAAGAGACUUGCAACGCCUCACGCCUUAAUACCAUCUUUUAAAAUUUGUACUCAACUGCGUUUGUACAGAGGUUUGGUUUUGUUUUUUUUAAGGAUAUAUUUUCAGUAUGAAGGUUAUUUUCUUAACUUCUGCACUCCAGAGAUUUCUAUUUUGUAGAACCUUUCAAAAUAUAUCAGCUAUAUAUAUAUAUAUAUAUAUUAAAAAAAAAAGCACAUCCGAGCAUCUAGGGAACUAUUUUAAAAACUAUAUUCAAUAUUUAAAGAUACAAACUGUAGUGCUUUGAAAUGCUACGUAAAACCUUAUUUUCAAAGGUGAUGCUGGAAAGUGCAAUUUCAAAAUGAGUAAAAAAUCUCUGCUGUAUUUCCACUGGCAUUAAGGGUUGACGAUCUCGCCAUGUAUUCUCAUCAUGCUUUCUGGUUGGGGGGUUGUUUUGUUUCAUUUUAUUUUGUUAACAAUCUGUCUUUAAGUCAACAUGGAAAAGACUCGUCACAGCCAGAGUCCCAACACUGGAGUGCUCUCACCUGCCCCCAUUACUCUCUGUUAACUAUUUCACCCGUCCCCUCCCUCCUCCCCUCUCCCCCUCCUGUCCCCCCUCCUCCUCCCCCCCCUUCCCUAUCUCCAGUGCAACUUUGAAGUUUGGCAUCUCUAAGAAAAUUGGAUAAUUCUGAUAAAGAAUCCAACUGAUGCCUUUUAUACUUCUUCCUGGGAUUUUGUUGGGGUCUUUUGUUUUUUAGUUUUUUGGGGGAGGAGAUAUUACCUUCUAUAUGUGUUUUCAGUAGCAGAAUACAUGUAAGGACAAGAUUUUACCAUGUUUUCGUAUGGCAUCUUUGCAUAGCUAUUUAACUGUCCAGUAUGAAACCUUUAACUUUCUAAUGCUUUGAUUUUUUUUUUUUUUGGAAGUCUUUUUAGAGUUUUUAGAGACGAAGAAUGUAUGUGAUCACAGGCAGGACCGUCAAGAUUUGCCAACAGGAAGUUAAGCCUCUAGUGGCCUUCUUGUGUGUCUUACAGGGUGUCUGCUGUCAUGGGGGGUGGAUGUUGGAAGCAUUAUGUUGUUUGAACCAGGCUCCUCCCUGUGGGCCCGCCGCUCCCCCCCCCCCGCGUUGCCCUGUAGAAGAACAUGGGGCACAAGCAUUCCCGAGGAGGAGCGACCUGUAGAAGUCAAAGGGGGGUGUGUAAAUAACUUCCGAUGCUUGCUUCUUUCUAGUCCUUUUUGUGUUGCCAAAGCUCAUGGUGUGUAGUGUAAUGCGAAACGCAGCUGUUUGAUUUCAAUAUUAUUAAAAAACGUUUGCUGUUUUUGCAAGAUGGGAGUAAGCAGAAGCGGUGUUCUCUGCCCGUUUAAAGGCUUCCCGUUGGCAGAGUGAAUGUAAAAUACAGUAAAGCGCUAAUGUCAUCAUCUGUUUUGUGAACUACAUCAGCUCGCAUCUUUUUAAAAGGCUCGAUCAAGGACGUGAGGUGUGCAAGCAGGUGCACAGUAAGAUAGACAGUUGUAUUUUAUGUCAUAACAGAGACCAUCCAAUCUUUCUUCCCACCAGUCUGGCUAAUGGGCCUAGCUCUUGUUUGUGGUUUAAUACUAGGACCAUGCCCUUAGCCAUUGCUCUUAGGUAGCUGUUUAAUUUUUUCCCUCUUCUUUUAAAUUAAGAGAUUCCCAAAUGUCUUCUUUUUCCCCCUCUCUUGAGGCGAUGAAUUUUUAUGUAUAAGGAGUAUUUAUUGAACUAGUCUAUAAAAUCGCCGAGUGCCUGCCAAGGCCUUAACGCAUUCCUCUCUAUCCUGGCUGAAAGGCGUCAAGUAGCUAUGCAAUGUGAGGAUUCACCCAGGAAGUUGCACCCACAUGGAGGACGUGUUGGGAUGAGUGACUCCAGAAAAGGCAACUCCUGUCGGGUCCUCCUCCCUUGACUUGUGGGAAAGACUUGCCAAGGACAGUCACCGAGGUCCUCAGAUGAAACACUGGCCCCAUGUUCUUACUGUAUUUUACAAGUGCUGGGAAAACAAAACAAAAAACUAAUAAUAAUACUAAAAGGAAAAAAUGCACUAUCUUAAUGUGGCAACCACCUUAAGAACAAGCUUUGGUGGCAGCCGGUUAAGCAUCAGCGACCUUGCUGUCUGUGAUCCCGCCUACCCCUCCUGUUUCACAACCAUUUCAUGUACACUACUGAGGUAAGUUUAUAACUUGAAAUGUGAACUUUUUUUUUUUUUUUAGGAUUAAGAACAAACUAAUAUAAAUGUUUUUAAAAGUUUUAAAGUUUUAGAUAUGCUACUAGUUUAGUUUUUAGCUUCGGGUUGGAAAAGCUUUCUAGAUCCCGCUGCAUUUACAGUACAUUCUUGAGAUGUAUGUGGUAAAUAAAGCUUUCUUUAAAGCAG